CGCGCGCCCCGAAUGCACGCGCAUACGCUUGCUGUCUCGGGGUGAGUCGUGCGACGCGAAUAAUUUAAAAUAAAAUCGUUAAUUGUUACAACAGUGAUGAAAGGUCAAAGUAAAAGAUUCGUGAGCCAGAACGGCGAUAUCUACGAUAUGGGAACGCCGAUUAAAAAGAAAAAGGACGAUACAAUCGGGUUCUUCGGCCUGUGGCGAUACGCGACAUGGGGCGAGCGGUGCGCGACCCUCUGUGGGGCGAUCCUGGGUUGGCUGUGCGCUGGAGGACUGGUACUAGCCGUGCUGGCGUAUGGAGAGAUCACAGCACUCUUCGUGCAGCGGCACAGGGCUGAGGAGUCAGCAUCUAUAUCUUACCUUAUGUAUUUAUUCGGCGGUGGACGGCCAUUGCCUAACGGAGAUCGUCCGUCACACAUGGACGCAUUGGUAGAGGAUUCGAUAGCGUUCGCAUGGGCCAGUGUUGCCAUCAUGGUGGCACAACUAGUGGCUGCUGCAGUCGCUGUUACACUCUGCAACUUCGCUGCUGCAAGAAUGAUAGCACGACUACGCUGGAAACUGCUGCGGUCGGUGCUGAGUCAGGAGAUAGCUUUCUUCGACACCAACACUACAAUGAACUUCGCUGCGUCACUUACCGAAGAGACGGAGAAGCUAAGGCAAGGCGUGGGCGAGCAAGUCGCGAUGAUAUCGUACCUCGGGGGCACUGUGGCACUGUCCUGUGCGCUGGCGCUGGCGUACGGCUGGCAAUUGACAUUAGCUGCACUGGCGCUCGUCCCUAUUGCUAUUAUCUUUGCUGCUAUUGUUGCUAAGAACCAAACACGCUGGUCUGGCGAGGAGGUGUCGAGGUACGGCGCUGCUGGCCGGCUGGUGGAGCAGGCGCUGGCUGCGGUGCGCACCGUCAGAGCAUACGCUGGUGAAAAUCUGGAAGUCGAAAGAUAUACAGAAGCAUUACAAGAAGCGUCAGUCGCGUCUCGCAGGCGUGUGGCAUGGGCGGGAGCGGGCGCGGGUGUUGGUUGGCUGCUCACCUACAGUCUAAACGCGGUUGUGUUUGCAUACGGCGCUGCGCUCGUCGCUAGGGACAUGCCAUUACCGCCGCCAGAAAGGGAAUACCAUCCUGGUGUUAUGGUUACUGUGUUAUUCUGCACGUUCAUGGCGGCGCAGAACAUCGCGAUGUGUCAGCCACAUCUAGAGAUGUUCUCAGCAGCGAGGGGAGCUGCUAAAUCGCUGUUCAAGCUACUGGAAAGACGGUCCAAAGUGGACGCGCUGCGGGAUUCCGGCUCUAAACCUGACAGCUUUAAAGGAGAUAUUAUCUUUGAUAAUCUAUACUUCAACUAUCCUUCAAGGCCUGAUGUCAAAGUACUACGUGGUCUAAGUCUACGUAUAAAAGCGGGUGAGACAGUGGCGCUGGUAGGUGGGUCUGGCUGCGGCAAGUCCACAUUACUGCAGCUGCUGCAGCGCGCGUACGAGCCCGACAGCGGCCGCGUCACUGUAGAUGGCCACGCCCUUAAUGACCUACAUCUUCAUAACUACAGACGUAGUAUUGGCGUGGUGGGCCAGGAGCCGGUACUCUUCAGCGGCACCAUCCGCGACAACAUCACACUCGGCAUGGAGAACGUCUCUGAAGCCGACCUCAUCGCUGCUGCUAAAACUGCGCACGCGCAUAGCUUUAUUACCAAGCUUGUUAACGGUUACGACACAGUGUUAGGCGAGCGCGGGGCGCAGCUCUCCGGCGGACAGAAGCAGCGUGUGGCCAUCGCGCGAGCGUUGUUGCGCCGCCCCGCCAUACUGUUGCUAGAUGAACCAACUUCAGCACUCGAUCCUGCUGCUGAAAGACAGGUGCAAGCCGCUCUUGACGCUGCAAGUGUGGGUAGAACAACAUUAGUAGUAUCCCAUAGGCUGUCGACAAUAGUGAACGCAUCUCGUAUCGUGUACGUGGAGCAGGGCGCAGUACUAGAGCAGGGCACACACGAGGAGCUACUGGCUAAACGCGGUGCCUACUGGCGGCUGGUUAACGACGAUCUCACGCACAGGAGCAUCGAGAAAGCUCUAGCAGAAUCAACAGCGGAAGGCGAAGAUGAUGACGUAGUGGUUGCACGCAAACCACAUCCGGUGCGGAGGAAUAGCAGCAUCUGUUCUACUAAGAGCAGAAAAGGAUCGAUGGUUCGCGAAGGAUUCAUGCGAAGCAGCUUACGACUGACCACACCGCCACCCGCACUUGACAUGGCGCCUGAACCAGAAACAGAAGAUGAAUUGGAAGAUGAGAGUGAGCAGGAAAAGGAGCCUGCGGUGUCCAACUGGCAGCUACUGCAGCUGAACAGCGCGGAGUGGCCGCUUCUGCUGGGCGGAGGACUGGCCUCUCUCGCUAUUGGCGCCACCAUGCCAGUCUUCGCGUACUUAUUCUCUAAGUUAUACGGAAUGUUCUCUUUAUCAAAUCCUGAAGAGAUUCUCGAGAAGUCGCACAUGUAUGCAGGCAUGUUCGCGGGCGUGGCGGCGCUCAGCGGCCUCGUCACCUUCCUGCAGGCCUGGCUGCUCGGUCGCGCCGGCGCUCGCCUCACUGACAGGCUGCGGGUCAUGACAUUCAGAAACUUCCUCGUACAGGAGCAAGGUUGGUUCGACGUGCCGACCAACUCAGUUGGGUCUCUGUGCGCGCGUCUCGCCUCCGACUGCGCAGCUGUGCAAGGCGCUACUGGUACUCGGUUAGGCACAAUGUUACAAGGGACAUCUACAAUGGUGCUAGGUGUGGGUCUGGCUAUGGCUUAUUCAUGGAAAAUGACGCUUGUCAGUCUACUAAGUGUACCAUGUGUGAUUGGUGGUAUCUGGCUAGAAGGGACUGUAACGAAACGCGCCGAGGAAAGGGAAUUAAAGUCCUUACAGCGCGCCGCCCGUCUAGCGACAGAAGCUGUACUCAAUGUGCGCACAGUACAGAGUCUUGGCGUGGAGCUGGCAAUACUGGACAGAUACGCUGAAGCGUUGCGUGAGUCGGAGACGCACGCGCGCGGCGCCCGCUGGGUGCGCGGCCCUGUAUACGGCCUGUGUUUAUGCGCGCCUACACUCGGAUAUGCAGUUUCUCUCGCGUACGGCGGAUAUCUUAUUGCUAGAGAGGAUCUACCUUAUGAAUAUGCUAUACUGGUAUCCGAGGCAUUGAUAUACGGAGCAUGGAUGUUAGCGGAGGCGCUGUCGUUUGCACCUAACUUCGCAGCAGCGCGGCGUGCGGCGGCCCGCGUCGUCAGCGCACUACAGCGGACACCGCAAGUUGUUACUGAACCUACUGCUGUUGAUGACCCUGAUUGGUCGGCAACAGGUGAGAUAAACUUCUCUGACAUAAAGUUCCGUUACCCGACGCGGCCGCAAGUGGAGGUGCUGCGCGGGCUGAGCGUGUCGCUGGUGGCGGGCCGCACGCUGGCGCUGGUGGGGCCCAGCGGCUGCGGCAAGUCCACGCUGCUGCAGCUGCUCAUGAGGAGCUAUGACCCUGACAGCGGCAGUGUGACAGUGGACGGUCGUGACGUCAAACGUGACCUCACCUUACGUCAGUUGCGCGCGCAGCUCGGCCUCGUGCAGCAGGAGCCGGCGCUGUUCGAGCGCAGCGUACGAGAUAACAUCGCGUACGGUGACGCCGCUAGAGAAGUACCUCUAGAUGAGGUCAUCGACGCCGCCAAACAGGCGAAUGUACACGACUUCAUUGCCAGCCUCCCACUGGGUUACGACACAGUGUUGGAAGCGGGCAGUGCGGCGCUGUCAGGCGGACAGAAACAGCGUGUGGCGAUCGCACGCGCGUUGCUGCGACGACCGCGAGUGCUAUUACUAGAUGAGGCUACGUCUGCACUAGAUGCGGCUAGUGAGAAGGCGGUCCAAGCGGCACUGGAAGCGGCAUCUCGCGGUCGCACAACCAUCAUCAUCGCACACAGACUGGCCACAGUACGACAUGCACACACUAUCUGUCUCAUAGACAAAGGUGUAGUAGCAGAAUCCGGUUCACAUGAGGAAUUGGUCCGUAAGCGCGGCCGCUACUGGGAGCUGCUGCAGCAGCAGGCCCCAGCGGAGGCACAGCCUGCCUGACUCACAUCCUCAUAGUAUAUGGUCUUGCCUAACCUGUCUUCUCUUCUUAACUGAUAUCAAGUGACAGAAGAGAAGAACUUGAUAUCAAUUAGAGAAUGUCAGUAAAGUUACAUUAAGGGUU